AAUAUUAUUUUAAUUUUUUAUAUUAUUUUUAUACCAGCAUGGUUGGAUAAUGGCGAGUAGUUUUCUUUGUCCAAAACCGGAGUGUUUUCAUCUUUCCUUUACUACAUUCAAUCGUUUUUUAAACCACCUACGCGAUAAUCACAUUCAUGAGCCAGGGUUCAAAAUAAAAUGUCCAGUGCAGUCAUGCUUUCGCUCAUAUUCUGUUCUCUCCUCUCUAACUUCGCAUGUUUCCCGUAAACAUGGAAAGGAAAAAGUAAUAAAUGAUGACGUUGGUUCAAGAAAUCCCGAAAACGAUGCACUAAACCGAUUGGAUAAUACAAUCGAAUGUAUACCGAAGACACCCAAGACAGGAGAGGCUUUCUCAAAGAGACAUUUAGCUUUAUUUGCCCUAAAGACGCAAGAAUUAAAUCAACUAACUGACAGUACAACAAACAAGGUGAUAGAUAAUACAACAGAAUUACUCCAACAACACGAGGCCCAUGUUAAAGAAAAGAUUAGACUGUGUUUGGAUAAAAGUGGGAUUAAAAUCAGUGAUAUUGAUGGAUUGGGAGUUGUCAUGAACUUGGAACAAACACCCAACAUGGAAUUCCUGAAAUCCACUAAGAAUAGGAACAAUUAUAUAUCUCAAGAAUUUAAGAUAGUGAAUCCAAUUGAGAUAGUCCUUGGGGAGAAAUAUAUGUAUGAUGAGAAUACAACGAAUGGUUCAUCGAAAGUGAAAGUGCAUUCAUUCCAGUACAUAUCAUUCAUCCAGGUCCUUCAACAGCUGCUAAAUCAAAUUGAUGUUUACUCACAGAUUGAAAAUUCUCAUAGAAGUGUUGAUGGGAAAAUGAGGGACCUUUGUGAUGGUGCUGAUUUUGGAGUGGGCAAACAUCCACUUUUUUCCUUAAAUUAUAAGGCUAUCCAAUUAAUUUUAUAUUAUGAUGACUUCGAAGUUUCCAAUCCACUAGGAUCAAAAGCUGUUGUACAUAAAAUUGGUGCCUUCUAUUGGGUGUUAGGAAAUUUCCAUCCCAAGUAUAGAUCAUGCCUAAAAAAUUUGAAUCUUUUGAUUCUUUGUCCAGUCAAGUGGAUUAAGAUGUAUGGUAUGGAUAAAGUCCUCAGGCCAUUCAUGAGUGACCUUGCUAUGCUUGAAUCAGAACAUGGCGUACAACUCAAUAUAGCAAAUCAAAUUAUUCCAAUUAAAGGAACAUUAAGUGUAGUAAUUGCAGAUAACCUUGGUAGCAAUUCAAUUGGAGGUUUCAUGGAGAGUUUCAGUGCAAAUCGGCCGUGUAGGUUCUGUCUGGGCACAUCGGUGGAAUUUCAAGAAAGGUUUUCUGAAGAAUUAUUCACGAUGAGAUCCCGAGAAAAUUAUGCCAGGCAGGUGGAUUUGGUUUCCACUGAUCCAGAAUCAGCUUCUGUAUAUGGUGUAAAAAAGAACUCAGCCCUAAAUGCUUCUAAAUAUUUCCAUGUUGUUGAUGGACUUCCUUCUGAUAUCAUGCAUGAUAUCUUAGAAGGUGUACUUCCUUUCCAAAUUAAAGCGAUGUUGAGAAAAUUCAUCAUGGUGGAUAAAUUUUUCACACUUGAUCAGUUCAACCGCGCUUUCAGCAUUCCCAUAUGGUGUUUGUGA